AUGUCUUUGUCGUUGAGUUUCCUUUAUGCGCAGGUACCCUUGGCCCCACAGCGAGCGCUGACUCAUUUUGGACUGCAAGGCAUCACUGCCAGAUCUGGCCUGGUCGCUUUUCUGAAUCAACCUCCCUGGAUGAAGGAUGGAGACUACGGUUUGGCCCUCUAUGUCAUGUUGUCACGAGCAACGAAGUUGAGCGAUCUAUGGCUCAUUGGAGUGCCUGAGCGGCCAUAUUUCGAAGGCUUCUUGCAUGAGCGCAACAAGACUUUGGUGGAUCGUAUGAGCCUCUUUGAACGUCUGUCUGUGGAGAGUGAGCAAGCUGCGGAAAAGUACAUCCAGAAGCUGGAUUGGAGGGCAAAUGCUUACGUGAACCGCACGCUCGGUGUUUCUGGAACAGGGCAAGCAAAGAGGCGGAGGCUGACAGGCAAGACUGCGGUGGCCUGA